GCGGGCCGGGAGCCCCAGCGGGCCGCCGACCCCAGGUCCCUAACUACCGCCCUCGGGGAAGUGCUUUGAUAGAGGAGCACACUGAGGCCCCCUGCGCAGGAUCAUCCUAUUUAAAUGAGGCCCCGCCUCCUUACCGGUUUCUUCCCCUUUCUUGACCUUUGAACCAUAGAAGGUCAUUGGCCUCAGUCUUCCCUCCCCGCCUUCCUCCGGCUGGCAGGACCCGGAGCAGGAGGACAAGACCCCCUGGGGAGAAAAAAGACGACGCCACCCCCAACAUUUCUCAGAAGAUGCGGCUUCCGACCUUGGCUGUGGGGAGAGCUCUGGAGCGCCCGCACUAAAAACUGCCUUUGCCUCCGGGGCGCCCAAGGCCGGAAGCAAGGGGCCGCCUGGGUUUUACCCUUGUUGGGAGCCUGAGGAGCGGGCCCGCCCAGGAACCCCCAUCCCCCUGCGGGUCUCCGCCGUCCCCGGGCCGGGGCAUCUGCGCGCCUCCUUUAUCGGUCCCAGGAUCCCGUGGUGCGGGACAGGCUGCGGGAACCUGGGGGUGUUGUGUCGAGAAAAGCCAGCGAGACCCCAUGUAAAUUUUGAUGUGGAUUUAUUCAAGCCUGCGGCUCAAAUGGAACAGGGGACCAGCAUUAGCGGUGCAGGGUCCCGCUGUCCUGCAGCCGAUGCCAGAUGCCAGCAGUGGGGCAGAGACUCCCAGCUUUUUAGAUAGCGUCGUUUGGAUGGCGGCCCCCAAGAACAGACGUACGAUUGAAGUUAACCGAUGUAGGAGAAGAAACCCCCGGAAGUUAAUUAAAGUAAAGAAUAAUAUAGAUGUGUGUCCUGAAUGCGGCCAUCUGAAACAAAAGCACGUCCUUUGCGGUUAUUGCUACAAGAAAGUUCGAGAGGAGACUGCGCAAAUCAGGAGGCAGAUAGGGAAGCAGGAAGGGGGGCCUUUUAAGGCCCCCACUGUUGAGACUGUGGUGUUAUACCAAGGAGAAGUUCCCUUGGCCGAAGAUCAAGGCAAGAGAAUCAUCGAGCGAGACAGGAAGCGACCAUCCUGGUUCAUCAGGGAUUGAUGCUGCAGGUGUGUUCAAAGAGGAUCAUUCCACAUUAAAAUAUGACUCUGGGAACGUGG